ACAGGCGAUGAAAACUUGAUACUUCGGAGAGCCUCACUUGCAUAGAGAAGUCGGUUCUAUGUGGUCAUAGUAAACGCGGUUAUCCUUUCUUGUGCGUUCUUCAGUGGUUCAGUGAUUCUGGUGAAAAAUUUUGCUACCCAUCAUAACUCAAAUCAAUUACGUUUCGCAAAAUUUUCACCCGAAUGAUCCGAGCAAGUGGAAGAAGAAGGGGACCAUUGGACUAGCAGUGCUCGUCGUGAAACAAAAAAAUAGCUCCCCGCUGAGGAACAGAACACCCGAGAACAGAUUAGAAAACAGGAUCGAGGACACACGCGCUAUCCCACAAACCCGACCGACAGUCUACUUCACCGCACGGAUCACCAGGGGACUCCACGGAAAUUUAACUUUCCUUCCAUCACGGUUAUCGGAUGCUGGUUUUGGUAAGGAAGUGAACAGUGGGAAUUGGUGGACAGUGGUCACAUAACAAACCGGACCCGAAGAUUUCACGCGUUCGGUAAUAGCCCUGCACAGGGAACGGUUGUCUUCUCGCCUUGCACCUUAGUCCAGGAAGGAUUUGCCAGCUUGAAAGGGCAUCAUCAUGGCCGAUAAAAAAGUAGCGGAACAAUACUAUGCCCCACCCGAAAAACUGGGCAAAUGGGAAGGAUUCAGUAAAUUCAUCUGGAAUGGCGAGACCAGCCAGUGUCUUGGCCGAACUGGAUCCAGUUGGGCGAAAAUUCUCUUAUUCUACUUCGUCUUCUAUGCGAUACUGAUCGGAUUUUUCGUAGCCAUGCUGGCGGUGUUUUGGCAGACGCUCGAUAUGAAAAUGCCCAAAUACCAGCUCACCGAGUCACUAAUAGGGUCGAAUCCAGGUCUGGGCUUCCGGCCUAUGCCCAAGGAAGAUAAUGUAGAGAGUACACUGAUUUGGUAUAAAUCAUCCGACAAAGGAAACAUUGAAGCUUGGACCAAACAGAUUGACGAGUUUCUGGAACCAUACCUAACUGAAGAGGACAAUCGCGUUGAUUGCUCGUUCGAUAGCCAACCGCCAACCGGUAAGGUCUGCAAAGUUCCAAUGAAUGAAUGGGGUCCCUGUACUAAGGCGAACCGAUUCAACUUCAAGAAGAAGAGCCCUUGCAUAUUCCUGAAACUGAACAAAAUCUUUAAUUGGAUCCCUGAUAUGUAUAACACCACCGAACAUCUGCCGGAAAGCAUGCCUGACGAUCUCAAAGAACAUAUCGGAUCGGAGCUUGGCCGUGGUGACAAAAACGCCAACAUUGUUUGGGUAUCAUGCGCCGGUGAAAACCCCGCCGACAACGAACACAUCGGCCCAAUAAAUUACAUUCCGCGUCGAGGAUUCCCCGGAUAUUAUUUCCCAUUCAAGAACAUUGAUGGCUACCUGCCACCGAUUGUCGCGGUGCACUUCGAGAGCCCCAAAACUGGUGUUCUCAUCAACAUCGAAUGCAAAGCCUGGGCUCGCAACAUCCAUUUCGACCGAGCGGACCGAAGAGGGUCCGUCCACUUCGAGCUGAUGGUUGACUAAGAGUCGCGGCCAUCGUCCCUAAUAGCAGCUGGCAAGAGCAAAGCAGGUCGUAGAAGAUGAGUAAAGGUGCAGGCGAAACAACACAAAACCUGGGCAAACAGAAAAUCGAACAACAAAAGCAGCAGAAGAAUUACCGAGACACUCCCGCAGCAGAAAGAACAAUGACUGCAAUUAACAACAUGGGGAGCAGAUACAUUUAAACGAUUAUUAAUUGAUGAAUAUUGAUUGAGCGUAAUUUAAGAAUGUGAAUGUGUCAUAAAGAAGGAGUAAAAAAUCGGAAAAGUGAACUCUACAAAGCAUGAAAACAAAUUUAGGUGCGAUCAAUAAUUAAUUUAAAUUAAAACAUAAAUUAAACAACGUAGACACUAAACAAGAACUAAGAGAAAAAAAGCGCGAAACAUCAUCUCGUUUAGGACGGAAAUAAUAAAUAAAUAACUAAUUAAUACACAAAACCAAUUGACACAUGUACAGCUCUUAAGUGUAUACUCAUAACAAAAAUCGCGAAACAAAAUAUCCCAAAACCAUAACGAAUUACUAAUCAAAACGAUUAGCUCAGACAAACAAUGACAGAAUAUUUCAGAGAAACAGUGUUUGGAAUGAUAUGAUGGAACCAUUGACUGAGAAGCUGAAUAGAAACUACUGCAAAGAAUAUAAAUACACUUUGACAUGCAAACUGACGGUCAGACGGACGUUGACGAAUUCUUCUAAAUAAAUAAGGCUAGCGAUGGCAGGUGUACUCGUUUCGGAAGUAUUUUAGAGGUGGUUUGAAAACGCUGAAUCAGUUUGUUUUCGAAUCCAGAACUGUGUACAAACGUGAGAAUUUAAACAAAACCAAAAAAAACAAAUCGGUGUAAAGAUCGGCAAGCUCGAAAGUAGGAUGAGAAAAUAUAGUUUUGUUUUUGUAUAAUUCCCACAAAAUGAUGUCAAGCUUUUAUAGUGAUUUAGCAAAAUAAAAGUCAACAACAUGCUAGCCGUAAAAGAAUAUCGAUAUAUUUGUGAUGCGGGCGAAAUCGGAUAUACAUAUAAAAUGAAUAGUUUGUUUCUCAGUUUCAUAUUGCAAAAUGUCAAUACAUUAUAAUAUGAAGAAGUAAAAAUCACAAAUGUAUCUUCGCGAAAUAUCAACAAAGCAACGGCUAAUACACGAAUCUUAUAGGAGUAACAAUUGAUCUAGCAGGUGAAUAGUUGCUAACUAGAGAGAGAGAGAUAAUUAAUAACUAGUGCAAACAAGCAGUCAAAAAAUCAUCUGAAUCAGAAACACGUUUAAGGGCCUCUUUCUAUUCUUACACUCACUGCCCAACAAAAAAUAAACAUAAAAAAAUGCCCAAGUAAAGACAUGUUCAUGACCUUACUGUAAAAAGUAAAAUUGACUUAACAAAUGAGCAGAAUUAAGAGUGGAAAUAAAACAAAUAAAAAAAAUAUAAUUUGAUGUAAUUUAAAUUUAGGAUGCAAAAUCGGAUGCAUAAAAAAGUAAACAAAUAAACUUGAUCGUGUAAUUAGGUACUUCGUCUUUAAUAAAAAAAAAUCUUAGAUUUGAGCAAAUGAGUGUCACACGACCGGGGGUUGUUCGUUUUCAGGUGGUAGACCCGCUUGGUUUCAAGUGGUCCGUCAUUCUGGAAAGGAUUCAAACCCGGUCACAGCAUGGAGCACAACGUGUUGUCUCCUGCACGCCUCCAAGUGGUCGUCAUUAUAUGGUGUCCAGAGAAGCUGACUCGAGCAUGUGAACGAAUCUCAGAGGCAAAACUAUUUAGUUUGCAAAUAAAAAACAGUUGUUAAAGGUAUUAUUAAAAGCAUAUUGGAGAAAAUUGAUAGGAAAAAUUGACAAAACAAAUACAUUACAAGUUGAGCCUCGUAUUAAUAACACCUAGCGAAAACAGAAAGUGGGCGGAAUAAGAAACACAAGAAAAAACAUCAAACAAAACAAAAACAAAGCUAUAAUUGAAUGUUAUUAAUAGUGCACCCUGGCAUUCUGAAUGUGUUGACCUGAUUCUGUUCAUUUGCAACGUUCGCUUCCGUCUCGUUUUCUACCAAGAAUUAAGAUGACGUUAAGGCAUACUUCAUGGCAAUUGGUGUAUAGUUAACUGUUUCCACUUUAAGUCAGAUAAAAAUUCAGUCACUCAUUGUUGUUCUCCUAUUUUCACUAUUUAUUUAUUAGUAACGACUUAAUUAUUCGUGAUCGACAAAUAUAAAUUAAACUGUUCCUUCAUAUGUUUAUAUUUUACCAGAUAUCAGUUUUUGCUUGGGUAACGUGUUCAUAUAUCGAAUACUGCAAAGAAACAAUUUAAUAAAGUUGAUGAAUCUGUUUAUGUAACACAUAGAAUAACUGUAAUGAACGAAUAACUAAACGAUAGUAAAAACACACAGCAAAAAUGAGAGAAAACAAUAGAAUACCACACCGUGGUAUCCUUACUUUUUGAGCUUAGGCUGAAUAGUUUUAUAUGAACUUAGUAAAUAUUUUUAAAAUAAACGAAGUAAUCUAUUGAGAAGGAGAACUUUAUUUUAGUGAAAUAAUGAGUUGUUUGGAUUAUAUUGAGGAUGCUACCGAAAAUAACAUUUAUUACAAGUGGUAUAUAAAAUUAAUUGUGGCUAAAUUAAUAGAACUAUUUUAUGUUAUUUCUACAUUUACCGCUGAAAUAAAACGUGUUUAAAUAGCUGAAAAUGUGUUACAAACUGGAAAGUAUACAUAUAGUAAUGACAGCUCGAAAAAACAUUAAACAGUGAAACUGAUUGUUACAUUUAAACUACAGUAGAGAUAAAGCAGAUUAUUAUGCUCCCGUAUAGAACAUGCAACAGCUACACUACUUAAAAAAAAUCCAGUUAAGGCAAAGGAAUCAGAUAGAGUUUUACUUAGCAGGUCGCAGGGUAGCGUCGCUUAACAGGCAAACCACAAUAUGCAAAAAAAUAAAAGCAUUUAAAGGGGUUCUUAACGCAUAACAUAGUUUCAUUCACCUACAACAACAAGCUAUUAAAAAAAAAACACCCACCACAUACACACGAUUACAGCUAAACGUAAAAUAUGGAAAAUAUGAAGAAAAACAUACUAAAAAAUAAACAAAAACAAGCAACAAUGUAAAGUUAUUAUAUCUUUUUAAUGAAAAAUUAUUGAAAUAAAAAUCGAAAAAUCUAUAGAUACGA